AUGGCCACCACCACGACGACAACGACAACAACAACAAGGCGCAACCCCAAAGACUCCAUCAAGUCGACCUGGCGCCUGGACCCCAAAAAGGACGGCUGGACCCUCGCGCACCACCUCUUCGGCUUCCUCGACAUCCACCAGUCGGACCUCUCCCUGCCUCCCGCGCCGGUGCACCCCAAAAACACACCCGUGCCGCACCUCCCCAACUGGCAGCUCAACGCGUUCGUGAUCUUCUGGGGCGCCGUGCCGCUCCUCGCCCACCAGGCCUGGUUCAACCUCACGGGCCUCAACCUCCCGCUGCCCGUCGCCUACGCGUACUACGCGCUGGCGGUGACGGCGUUUGGCGUGCACGAGCUGCGGAUGCUGCGGCGUGUGGGCCGGCGCCACGGGUACCUGGACGGCGACGCGCACGCGCGCGAUGACGUGCCGGACGCGACCGUCGGCAAGGUCGCCUCCUCGCUGCUGCUCGCCAUCACGUUCCGCCCGGCCGUGCUCAUCCUGCUCGCCUACCGGGCGGACCGCGGCCCGCCGGCGGACUCCCCGGACUGGUGGUGGCUGCCGGUGCAGGCGGCGGCGUACCCGAUCGUGACGGACUUUUGGUUCUACUGGUACCACCGGCUGAUGCACGAGGUUCCCGCGCUGUGGAAGUUUCACCGGACGCACCACCUGACCAAGCACCCGAACGCGCUGCUGACCAUCUUCGCGGACGCGGAGCAGGAGGCGUUUGACAUUGCGGUGAUCCCCGCGCUGGCGUUUUACUCGAUGAAGUUGAUCGGGUUGGAGAUGGGCUUCUACGCGUUCUGGAUGUGUCACAUGUACGUGUGGUUCACGGAGCUGCUGGGCCACUCGGGGCUGCGGGUGCACCUGUACGCGGCGUCGCCGAUUUCGGGGUUGUUGGGGUAUUUGGGGGUGGAACUGGCGCUGGAGGAUCAUGACUUGCAUCACAGGACGGGGUGGAAGAACAGUCAUAAUUACGGGAAGCAGUCGCGGGUGUGGGAUAGGGUGUUUGGGACGUGUGCGGCGAGGAUCGAGUGCCAGGAGACGAAUGUGAAUUAUGAGGACAUUGCCUCGUUUCCGUUGUUUUAA